AUGGUUUGGGAUGGUGCAGAGACAUCGCGUCCAAUCAACAAUACACCAAAUGGAUCAAGUGCUUUGGAGUUUCAAGAUGUUCAGUUUGCAAAACAGGAGAAUGGCACAAAUGGAGCAGUUAGAGAUCCUUUUCAUAAGAUUAGUAUUGAGUCGAUUGAGGAUGAGGCGUGGGACUUGCUUCGGGAAUCCAUUGUUUAUUACUGUAACAGUCCAAUUGGAACAAUUGCUGCAAGGGACCCUACUAGUUCUAAUUUACUAAAUUAUGAUCAGGUCUUUAUACGUGAUUUCAUACCUUCUGGUAUAGCUUUUUUAUAAGGAGAAUACGAUAUUGUUCGCAAUUUUAUCCUCCACACGCUUCAGUUGCAGCUGGGAAAAACUAUGGAUUGUCACAGUCCUGGUCAAGGAUUGAUGCCGGCUAGUUUCAAGGUCCGAACAGUUCCUUUAGACGGUGAUGAUUCAGCAACAGAAGAGGUUUUGGAUCCUGACUUUGGGGAGGCAGCGAUUGGCCGUGUUGCUCCUGUUGACUCAGGAUUAUGGUGGAUAAUUUUAUUGCGUGCAUAUGGAAAAUGCUCUGGUGAUCUCUCAGUUCAGGAGAGAGUUGAUGUCCAAACUGGGAUCAAAAUGAUAUUGAGGCUUUGUCUUGCUGAUGGCUUCGAUAUGUUCCCUACUUUACUGGUAACUGAUGGCUCUUGUAUGAUAGAUCGUCGUAUGGGAAUUCAUGGUCACCCUCUUGAAAUCCAAGCACUUUUUUAUUCAGCAUUAGUUUGUGCACGUGAGAUGCUUACUCCUGAGGACGGAUCAGCUGAUCUUAUCCGUGCACUUAACAAUCGUCUGGUGGCUCUUUCAUUUCAUAUCAGAGAGUAUUAUUGGGUCGAUUUGCAAAAACUAAAUGAAAUUUAUCGUUACAAGACAGAAGAGUAUUCAUACGAUGCAGUCAACAAAUUCAACAUCUACCCAGAUCAAAUUCCUUCUUGUUGUGAUUGGAUGCCUACUAAAGGAGGUUAUCUGAUCGGAAAUCUGCAACCUCACAUGGAUUUCCGGUUCUUUUCUCGAAAUUUGUGGUCCAUUGUAAGUAGUCUUACUACAAUAGGCCAAUCCCACGCCAUUUUGGAUCUCAUUGAAUCCAAAUGGGAUUUAGUUUCAGACAUGCCAUUCAAAAUUUGUUACCCUGCUCUUGAAGGUCAGGAAUGGCAGAUCAUCACUGGCAGCGACCCAAGAACACGUAAUUUACUUGACUUCGUACUGCCAUGGUCAUACCACAAUGCAGGCUCGUGGCCAACAUUGUUGUGGCAGCUCACAGUUGCAUGCAUAAAGAUGAACAGACCAGAAUUGCACAAAGCCAUUGAGAUUGCCGAGCGACGUCUGUCUAGAGACAAGUGGCCCGAAUAUUACGACACGAAAAAGGAGGUUCAUUGGAAACAAGCACGCCUAUUUCAAACAUGGUCAAUUGGAUACCUCGUGGGCAAGCUCCUCUUGCCGCCUAGUAAGGACAUUUUAAUAACAGCCGAGGAUUCGGAUCUUGUUAAUGCCUUCUCUUGCAUGAUUAGUUCUAGCCAAAAAAAGCGCGGUCAGAAGAACUCAAAUCCGACCUACAUAGUUUAAGUUAUAGCGUAUAUCAAAAUUCAAUACUUCAUAUAGGUAGUUGUAGCGUAUUUGUUAUCUACCAUUUGUUGAGUGGUUAAGUCAAGUUUGUAGGAGGCUUAUUCACAUAUGUAUAGAGAUAAUAUAUCUUAUCAACAUGGACUUCAUGCGAAAAGUGGUAAAUUUAUUAUCAUGAAUAAAAUAAAUCUUUGUAGGGCAUACCUCAAUUAUUUGAACA